CCUUCGUCUUCAGUUCGGACUGAAACCACCAAAACUGCUUCCCCGUACAGUAUUGCGCUUUGUUGUUGUGGGAGGUGGCAAGAAUCUUUUUCGUUUCCCACUUUCACUGUCCUCUUUCAUCCUCCUCUACCAUACUCGCAGUUCCCCAACCCAACCUUCAUCAUGUCUGCUGCACGAAAGGCCGCCGGGGCGAAGAAAACUGUGAAGAAGAGGGCCGCAAGAGCCACUUCCAAUGUCUUCGCCAUGUUUGAUCAGGCCCAGAUCCAGGAAUUCAAGGAGGCUUUCACCAUGAUCGAUCAGAACAGAGAUGGUUUCGUCGACAAGAGUGACAUCCAGGAAAUGCUCGUGUCUCUGGGCCAAGACCCUUCUGAUGAGUACUUGGAGAACAUGAUGUCCGAAGCACAUGGACAGAUGAACUUCACCAUGUUCUUGACCAUCUUCGGAGAAAAGCUCAACGGUACCGACCCCGAAGACGUCAUCAGGAAUGCUUUUGCAUGCUUUGACGAGGGCGGCACCGGAUUCAUCCACGAGGACAGAUUGAAGGAGCUUCUCAUGACUAUGGGAGAUCGUUUCACGGAAGAUGAGGUCGACGACAUGUUCCGCAGUGCCCCCAUCGACAGCAGUGGUAACUUUGACUACGUUGCCUUCACCAGAGUGCUGAAGCAUGGUCGCAAGGACGAUGAAUAGAGCACCAGUUGCAACUCUAUUUUUUGCAUUUACAGUUCAUUUUCACAGAUAUUCAGAUAUUACAGAUAUUAGGGCUUUAUAUACCACAUAAAUCAAACCAUGUGACAAGUACUCCCGCUUGUUCCGUUCACAUACUAGUCAUGUGAGUCAGUGUACAGCCUAAGUCGUAAAAAAAUAUAAAAUAUUGAAAUAGA